AUGGACAAUUUGAAAGCCAAUAGCGACAAGCCGGUUGGUGCCAGUGUUAUUAUACAAACGACAAAUUCACUUCUGUCGCGAAAGAGUCUGAAAGAGAUUGGCGGGGCACGUGAGGAGAUGGUCGAGAACGGCUUCGUAAAUCACGGAUUUGUACCGGAUACUCUCCCUAAAGUUGGCGGAGAGGGCGGAGACGACAAGAUGAGCGCAACAUCGACAGAAGACAACGAUGUCCACCCAAGGUCGUCACACGGUGACCACAAAACGAACGAAUACGAGAAUAUGAAUCUGAGUUAUUCCGGAAUCUACCUGGCAAUUGAAGAUCUACAUAAGACUGGAAUUGAUGAAGAGACAGCCAGUGAUGGGGACAUCGGGAAAAAUGACUCCACAGGCACUAACAGCAUAAACACAACAGAUCGUUCCACGUCAGGUGCGUCUGAGACACACAACGCUUUUUCUGAGGAACUCCGUAAGAACGAAUCAGACACAACAACAAAGACAUCUUCAGGAGUGAUCAAAGACGUUAAUUUAGAGCUUGUGCCAGAAAUACCAGCACCGGACUAUAUCGUGGAUGAUGCGCAAAGCCAGUGCGAGGCUAAAGAAAGUACCUGGGCAGCGCCAGAAACAAAUGGUCAACUGGAAUCAGAGAUCAGUGAGUUUCUUCUAACGCCUGACUUUAUAGAGAACGUCAACGAAAAGCCAGCCUUGUUUGAAUCGCCCUCAAAAGGAGUAUCCUUCCAAACUGAGGAGCCCCUGAAAAACACUGGUACCACUGACGAAGGCGACUCAGACAGCGUCAUCGUGCCAAACAAUGAGUCGACAACUGACGCUGAUGAAGAUAAUACCUUGCCCGAAUGGGCUUCCGAAGCGUUGCAGCCAACCAUUCGCCCGAUUUCAUCAAGGGAGGAAUUUAAAUCACACCUGGAGAGUCUGAUAUCUUCCCCGCCACAAAUGCCACAGUCGAAACCGUCGACAUCACCGUCGACUCAGUCGCCGGUCGCUACUCUCAAAGAAAACGCAUCACCACCGACGCCGCCCCAGCCACCGCCUCCGCCACCGCCUCCACCGCAGUUGCCGUCAUCAUCCACAGUAGAGACCCCUUCUACAUCCGUGCCUUCAUCACCGCCACCACCGCCACCACCACCACCACCGCCCCCCAUCCAGAUAAUGGCGACACAUUUGUAG